AUGGCGAAAUGGACAAUUUGCUUGGUUAUGUUCCUGCUGAUGGUUAAGGGGUCUGACGUUGAAGGUAAUGUACAGGAACUACUUUUACUUCUUCAUACAACAUCAUACUUUUCUUACUAUUAUCUAGUGUCUGUUUAGUGAAGAUAAAGACAAAAUUUUACGUCUGCGAGACGCAGUGAAACACUGAUGGUUUAAACUUAGAUUGUAUAUCAGAAAAGCUUUUGUGGAGAGAAGAUCAUAGAGAACAAAGACAUAUUAAAUGCUUUACAGUUGUCACUCAGUGUUACUUUCUGUUUGUUUGCAGAGAUGAUUGAAAAAGCCAUUUGGACAGAUUCAGACAUCACUCCACUGUGCACCGACGACACAGUGGAUUACAUCAUUAUGAUAAUUUGUAAGAUCAGAAUUGAGAGACAUGGAGAAGGAUGUCGUCUGAGCUAUAGCCCUCACCAUGGCUUUGAGCACACCUGUGACUCUGGAUAUACACUGUUGUCGGAGAACCAGACUGUGUCUCUGCAUUUGACAAAUUUGACCCCAGAAGACAGUGGAAACUACAGCUGUGAGUGUUCUCAUACUAAUGGGACAUAUUUCAGUCAUCUGAGUCUCACUGUGAAAGGUAAACACACGUUUCCUCCUAAACUUUGGCUAAAUUUAGGCCACUUUUACCAUGGCUCUAUGAUAACUCGUUUGUUCUUAACUUUGUGUACUAUUCCUGUGAACAAAGUUGAAUGUCAUGUUAACCAUGCAGGGUUUUAUUCAGGUCUUUUUACAAGCUUUCUGCUGUCACUCUCUGAAUGUUUUAGUGGGAAACGAUGUCAAGAGUUCCACACUUGUUCUUCUUCCUACUCUGUUGGUUGUGACCACAUUGAUCAUUGUAGCUGGAAUCAUCCUUGGGUUUCUCUACAGGAGGAUGUGUCACAGGUAAGAGAUGACUGUGAUGUUUGUAUAACCCUCUUUGAAUUGACUACAAAGUAGCUGCUCAGUGGUUUUCUGUACACGGAUUGCAGGACAAAAAGAAAUGUGUGGUUUAUCACUUUAAUCCACUUCCUGCUGAUCUUAAUGUUGUACCAAAGUGUGCACGCUUGUGUGGUGUAGCCUGGUGUGCUUAUACAUGCAAGGUCUAGUCUCCCUCUUGUCAGAUCAGGUUCAUUUGAUCUUCAACACUCGGUGACAUUUGAGUUUGUGCUUCUGGUUAAAAAUCUUGAAAGAUUCAAUCCUAUCUCAUUGUUACAGGAAACAAGCAGAACCACCUGAGAACAGCCCUCCAAACAUGGUAAUGUAUAGAUAUUAUUUUCAUUUCGCAGUUUGUCCUCCUUAGAUCCAUUUUUAAUGUGUGUUUGUUUUUCUGUAUGUAGGAUUCUGAUGACACUGAGCCGUACAGCACACUCAAUCAGAGAGCGAUCACACUUUACUCCACUCUUGAAAUGAACGUCUGCAACAAAAACACAAAUUAG